AUGCUCUCCACUCAUAUCCUCGCUUUAGGGAUAUCAGGCAUUAUUGCUCUGGUUGUCGCUUCGGGUCUGACUCGCAGACGUGUCUACCCAUUACCUCUGCCGCCUGGCCCUCGUCCGUUACCAUUUUUGGGUAACGCGCUGCAAUUGGAUACUAAACGACCUUGGCUCACGUAUACUGCGUGGGGAAAGACAUAUGGAAAAAUCAUUCGCUCCCGCGUACUUGGGACCGACUUGAUCAUCAUAAACUCCGAAACCAUCGCGCGGGAGUUGCUGGAUAAGCGUUCUGCGAAUUACUCUACUCGCCCCAAUAUUCGCACCAACGAAUUAUCUGGACUGGGUUUCAAUACUGUAUUCCUUCCAUAUGGCGAAACUUUACGGCAACAUCGCAAGAUCUUCCAUCAAGUCCUCAGGCCUGAAGCCUCGAUCUCAUACCACGAGAUAUACUCUCGUCAUGCAAAUGAACUAAUCAUCAAUCUCCUGAGUGCCACUAGUGACCUACUACAAAAACACACUCAAGUAUACACGGCAUCCUUAAUCAUGGACGUGACAUACGGACACCUGCCUCAUGGACAUAAAGACCAAUUUAUUACCGACGCGCACGAACUCCUCAAGAUUGCCGAACAUAUUAUUUCUCCCGAGAAGUCUGCCAUAUUCACAGCCUUUCCUUUCCUCGAAAAGUUACCGUCUUGGUGCUUUAGUGGAGCAUUUGCCCUGAUGGGACGCAGUAGAGAAUUAUGUCAACAGCUUUUGAACGGACCCUUCGACGAAGUGAAGGCACAGAUGGCAAAUGGUACUGCUUCGCACUCAUUAGUCGCUGACUUUCUCAGCCAAGCUCACGACGACGCUGACGAAGACGCGAUGAAGGCUGUUGCGUUGACGGGAUACGCCGCUGGCAUAGACGCCACCACAUCCUCAUUGCAGGCAUUCCUGCUGGCUAUGGUGCUUUAUCCUGACAUUCAAGCCCGGGCUCGUGCAGAAAUUGAUCAAGUUGUGAGGCAUGAUAAAAUGCCCUGCCUUGAUGAUAGGGCGUCACUGCCCUACCUUGAUGCCAUUCUCCGCGAGAUCCUGAGGUGGUAUCCUAUCGUCCCCCUAGGAGCUCCACAUGCGACAUCAAAUGAUGAUGUUUACGACGGAUACUUUAUACCCAAAGGUGCAGCAGUAGUGGUUAAUCAGUGGGCAUUGUCUCGGGAUGAAGACAUUUUUCCCGAUGCAUCACGCUUCGAUCCUAGUCGCCAUCUAACAGUUGAUGGGAAGCUGAAAGAUCCUCUCGUCAGCCGUUUUGCCUUUGGUCAUGGGAGGCGUAUUUGUCCCGGUCGUUGGUUUGGAGAGUACGGUCUGUGGACUGCGGCUGCUGGCAUACUCGCCGUCUUGCGCAUCGAUCAUGCCAAAGACUCAAACGGAGACAGGAUUGAGGUGAAGCCGGAGUUCACCUCUGGCUCGGUGAUUCACCCUGAACCGUUUCGCUGUUCGUUUGUAAGCGUGAACACAGCGAGAGAAGAACAUCUUCGAGCGAUGAUGAAUUCGAAGUAG